GCGGGGCGGGGAGGCCGCGGCUCCCGCGUCCAUUUUAAGGGCGGCUGCAGCGGGAGGCGGCGGGCGCGGCGCCAUGGCAGGGUGGGCGCUGUGGGCAGCGGCCGUGGUGCUGGCGGCGUUGCCCGCCGAGCUGGUGGCCGACACCCCGGCCAACUGCUCCUUCGCCGACCUGCUGGGCGCCUGGCAGCUCCGUGUCUGGCGGGGGGGCGGCCGGCACGGCAACUGCUCCCAGGCGGGGCCUGUGGAAAAAACAGUACUUGUGAAUCUUCAGAAGUUAGAUGUGGCUCAGGAUAGUUUGGGCAAUUAUGGUUUCUUCACUUUGAUUUACAAUCAAGGCUUUGAAAUUGUGCUAAACAACUACAAGUGGUUUGCAUUUUUUAAGUAUAAAAAGGAAGGCCAGAAGGUAACCAGCUACUGUAAUGAGACUCUACCAGGCUGGGUACAUGAUGUACUUGGCCACAACUGGGCUUGCUUCAGUGGACAGAAGAUUUCUUCAUCUCCCUCAGAUGUUCACGUAAACCAGCUACCUCUCCAUAAACCCCAAGGAAGACUUUCAAGCAGACGCUAUGUGCACAACUUUGACUUUGUAAAUGCUAUCAAUACUCAACAGAAGUCCUGGAGAGCAACAAGAUACAAGGAGUAUGAGAAUUUUGCCCUGGAAGAGCUAACUAGGAGAGCUGGGGGUCUCUAUUCCAGGACUUCAAGACCAAAGCCAGCACCUCUAACACCUGAGUUACUCAAAAAAGUUUCAGGCUUACCAGAAUCCUGGGACUGGAGAAAUGUGAAUGGUGUCAAUUAUGUCAGCCCUGUUCGGAAUCAAGCCUCAUGUGGUAGCUGUUACGCGUUUGCCUCCAUGGGCAUGCUGGAAGCAAGAAUACGUAUCCUCACAAAUAACACUCAGAAACCAAUCUUUAGUCCCCAGCAGGUUGUGUCUUGCAGCCAAUAUUCUCAGGGUUGCGAUGGUGGUUUCCCAUACCUCAUUGCUGGGAAAUAUGUCCAAGACUUCGGUGUGGUGGAAGAGGACUGCUUCCCUUACACAGCCCAAGAUUCUCCAUGCCUGUUCAAGCGUAGCUGUUACCACUACUACACUUCUGAGUACCACUAUGUUGGUGGUUUCUAUGGAGGCUGUAAUGAAGCCCUGAUGAAACUUGAGCUUGUUCUGGGUGGGCCAAUGGCUGUUGCCUUUGAAGUUUAUGAUGAUUUCAUGCUUUAUAAAGAGGGAAUCUACCAUCACACUGGGCUGAAGGAUGACUUCAACCCUUUCGAACUGACUAAUCAUGCUGUCUUGCUGGUGGGCUAUGGUAAAGACCCAAGAAGUGGUGAGAAGUUCUGGAUUGUCAAGAACAGUUGGGGCACCUCAUGGGGAGAAGAUGGUUACUUCAGAAUCCGCCGUGGCACAGAUGAAUGUGCAAUUGAAAGUAUUGCAGUGGCUGCAACUCCUAUCCCAAAACUAUAAAUGCGCAAGUGUUUGUCCAGUGCCUUUGUCUGAGAAGCAAAUCCCCAGCCAUAAGAACAUACCAUUGUGUUUUUUUAAGAUACUAUGAUUGAAAUACGUACCCUAGCUUAAACAGGAAAGCUUUAAUAAAAUUUUCCAGAACAGAGAAAACAGUUUCUCUGGGUGAGAGUAUGAAUACUGUAAGCUCUUCUAUAUGUACUGUAGGCUUCCUCUCUGGAAUCUGACAGUAGAUCACCUAGAAUGCAGUUGCCAUUUUGGUAACAGUGGUGAUGGUUAUUUGUCAUUAGAUAAACUUUUUUUUUUUAUUUCAUUCACCACUUGCAUUUUCUUCCAUGGACAAUCUUGCACUCCAGAUUUCAGAAGGAAGCAACUGCUACGAUAAUCUGCAGCUACCCUGAAAGGACAUUGUAGUGCCUUAUUUCUCAGAAAUCAUGAAGUCACUGCAAUUUAGAACUUAAGUGCGCACUGGGGAGAGAGUGGGCAAUUUCAUUGAUUAAAAGGAAAUUUUAAAGCUUUAAGUGUCCUGCAAAAGCUGCAAGUUAAAUCCUUAUGACAAAAAUCAAUUCUAUGUUUUGGGAUGUUACUAAAUGUUCCAGUUCUAGAUUUUAUUGCUGUGCUUUGCAAUUGAUCAUCUCAGAGUUCAAUAAAAAAAACACCCCAUUCCUUUAGGAGUUUA